AUGUGGCUGUCAGAGGGGGGCGGGGUCAGGGAGGGGGGGGGGGGGGGGGGGGGGGGGGGGGGGGGGGGGGGGGGGGGGGGGGGGGGGGGGGGGGGGGGGGGGGGGGGGGGGGGGGGGGGGGGGGGGGGGGGGGGGGGGGGGGGGGGGGGGGGGGGGUGGGGGGGGGGGGGGGGGGGGGGGGGGGGGGGGGGGGGGGGGUGGGGGGGGGGGGGGGGGGGGGGGGGGGUGGGGGGGGGGGGGGGGGGGGGGGGGGGGGGGGGGGGGGGGGGGGGGGGGGGGGGGGGUGGGGGGGGGGGGGGGGGGGGGGGGGGGGGGGGGGGGUGGGGGGGGGGGGGGGGGGGGGGGGGGGGGGGGGGGGGGGGGGGGGGGGUGGGGGGGGGGGGGGGGGGGGGGGGGGGGGGGUGGGGGGGGGGGGGGGGGGGGGGGGGGGGGGGGGGGGGUGGGGGGGGGGGGGGGGGGGGGGGGGGGGGGGGGGGGGGGGGGGGGUGGGGGGGGGGGGGGGGGGGGGGGGGGGGGGGGGGGGGGGGGGGGGUGGGGGGGGGGGGGUGGGGGGGGGGGGUGGGGGGGGGGGGGGGGGGGGGGGGGGGGGGGGGUGGGGGGGGGGGGGGGGGGGGGGGGGGGGGGGGGGGGGGGGGGGGGGUGGGGGGGGGGGGGGGGGGGGGGGGGGGGGGGGGGGGGGGGGGGGGUGGGGGGGGGGGGGGGGGGGGGGUGGGGGGGGGGGGGGGGGGGGGGGGGGGGGGGUGGGGGGGGGGGGGGGGGGGGGGGGGGGGGGGGGGGGGGGGGGGGGGGGGGGGGGGGGGGUGGGGGGGGGGGGGUGGGGGGGGGGGGGGGGGGGGGGGGGGGGGGGGGGGGGGGGGGGGGGGGUGGGGGGGGGGGGGGGGGGGGGGGGGGGGGGGGGGGGGGGGGGGGGUGGGGGGGGGGGGGGGGGGUGGGGGGGGGGGGGGGGGGGGGGGGGGGGGGGGGGGGGGGGGGGGGGGGGGGGGGGGGGGGGGGGGGGGGGGGGGGGGGGGGGGGGGGGGGGGGGGGGGGGGGGGGGGGGGGGGGGGGGGGGGGGGGGUGGGGGGGGGGGGGGGGGGGGGGGGGGGUGGGGGGGGGGGGGGGGGGGGGGGGGGGGGGGGGGUGGGGGGGGGGGGGGGGGGGGGGGGGGGGGGGGGGGGGGGGGGGGGGGGGGGGGGGGGUGGGGGGGGGGGGGGGGGGGGGGGGGGGGGGGGGGGGGGGGGGUGGGGGGGGGGGGGGGGGGGGGGGGGGGGGGGGGGGGGGGGGGGGGUGGGGGGGGGGGGGGGGGGGGGGGGGGGGGGUGGGGGGGGGGGGGGGGGGGGGGGGGGGGGGGGGGGGGGGGGGGGGGGGGGGGGGGGGGGGGGGGGGGGGGGGGGGGUGGGGGGGGGGGGGGUGGGGGGGGGGGGGGGGGGGGGGUGGGGGGGGGGGGGGGGGGGGGGGGGGGGGGGGGGGGGUGGGGGGGGGGGGGGGGGGGGGGGGGGGGGGGGGGGGGGGGGGGGGGGGGGGGGGGGGGGGGGGGGGGGGGGGGGGGGGGGGGGGGGGGGGUGGGGGGGGGGGGGGGGGGGGGGGGGGGGGGGGGGUGGGGGGGGGGGGGGUGGGGGGGGGGGGGGGGGGGGGGGGGGGGGGGGGGGGGGUGGGGGGGGGGGGGGGGGGGGGGGGUGGGGGGGGGGGGGGGGGGGGGGGGGGGGGGGGGGGGGGGGGGGGGGUGGGGGGGGGGGGGGGGGGGGGGGGGGGGGGGGGGGGGGGGGGGGGGGGGUGGGGGGGGGGGGGGGGGGGGGGGGGGGGGGGGGGGGGGGGGGGGGGGGGGGGGGGUGGGGGGGGGGGGGGGGGGGGGGGGGGGGGGGGGGGGGGGGGGGGGGGGGGGGGGGGGGGGGGGGGGGGGGGGGGGGGGGGGGGGGGGGUGGGGGGGGGGGGGGGGGGGGGGGGGGGGGGGGGGGGGGGGGGGGGGGGGGGGGGGGGUGGGGGGGGGGGGGGGGGGGUGGGGGGGGGGGGGGGGGGGGGGGGGGGGGGGGGGGGGGGGGGGGGGGGGGGGGGGGGGGGGGGGGGGGGGGGGGGGGGGGGGGGGGGGGUGGGGGGGGGGGGGGGGGGGGGGGGGGGGGGGGGUGGGGGGGGGGGGGGGGGGGGGGGGGGGGGGGGGUGGGGGGGGGGGGGGGGGGGGGGGGGGGGGGGGGGGGGUGGGGGGGGGGGGGGGUGGGGGGGGGGGGGGGGGGGGGGGGGGGGGGGGGGGUGGGGGGGGGGGGGGGGGGGGGGGGGGGGGGGGGGGGGGGGGGGGGGGGGGGGGGGGGGGGGGGGUGGGGGGUGGGGGGGGGGGGGGGGGGGGGGGGGGGGGGGGGGGGGGGGGGGUGGGGGGGGGGGGGGGGGGGGGGGGGGGGGGGGGGGGGGGGGGGGGGGGGGGGUGGGGGGGGGGGGGGUGGGGGGGGGGGGGGGGGGGGGGGGGGGGGGGGUGGGGGGGGGGGGGGGGGGGGGGGGGGGGGGGGGGGGGGGGGGGGGGGGGGGGGGGGGGGUGGGGGGGGGGGGGGGGGGGGGGGGGGGGGGGGGGGGGGGGGGGGGGGGGGGGGGGGUGGGGGGGGGGGGGGGGGGGGGGGGGGGGGUGGGGGGGGGGGGGGGGGUGGGGGGGGGGGGGGGGGGGGGGGGGGGGGGGGGGGGGGGGGUGGGGGGGGGGGGGGGGGGGGGGGGGGGUGGGGGGGGGGGGGGGGGGGGGGGGGGGGGGGGGGGGGGGGGGGGGGGGGGGGGGGGGUGGGGGGGGGGGGGGGGGGGGGGGGGGGGGGGGGGGGGGGGUGGGGGGGGGGGGGGUGGGGGGGGGGGGGGGGGGGGGGGGGGGGGGGGGGGGGGGGGUGGGGGGGGGGGGGGGGGGGGGGGGGGGGGGGGGGGUGGGGGGGGGGGGGGGGGGGGGGGGGGGGGGGGGGGGGGGGGGGGGGGGGGGGGGGGGGGGGGGGGUGGGGGGGGGGGUGGGGGGGGGGGGGGGGGGGGGGGGGGGGGGGGGGGGGGGGGGGGGGGGGGGGGGGGGGGGGGGGGGGGGGGGGGGGGGGGGUGGGGGGGGGGGGGGGGGGGGGGGGGGGGGGGGGGGGGGGGGGGGGGGGGUGGGGGGGGGGGGGGGGGGGGGGGGGGGGGGGGGGGGGGUGGGGGGGGGGGGGGGGGGGGGGGGGGGGGGGGGGGGGGGGGGGGGGGGGGGGGGGGGGGGGGUGGGGGGGGGGGGGGGGGGGGGGGGGGGGGGGGGGGGGGGUGGGGGGGGGGGGGGGGGGGGGGGGGGGGGGGGGGGGUGGGGGGGGGGGGGGGGGGGGGGGGGGGGGGGGGGGGGGGGGGGGGGGGGGGGGGGGAGGGGGGGGGGGGGGGGGGGGGGGGGGGGGGGGGGGGGGGGGGGGGUGGGGGGGGGGGGGGGGGGGGGGGGGGGGGGGGGGGGGGGGGGGGGGGGGGGGUGGGGGGGGGGGGGGGGGGGGGGGGGGGGGGGGGGGGGGGGGGGGGGGGGGGGGGGGGGGGGGGGGGGGGGGGGGUGGGGGGGGGGGGGGGGGGGGGGGGGGGGGGGGGGGGGGGGGGGGGGGGGGGGGGGGGGGGGGGGGUGGGGGGGGGGGGGGGGGGGGGGGGGGGGGGGGGGGGGGGGGGUGGGGGGGGGGGGGGGGGGGGGGGGGGGGGGGGGGGGGGGGGGGGGUGGGGGGGGGGGGGGGGGGGGGGGGGGGGGGGGGGGGGGGGGGGGGGGGGGGGGGGGGGGGGGGGGGGGGGGGUGGGGGGGGGGGGGGGGGGGGGGGGGGGGGGGGGGGGGGGGGGGGGGGGGGGGGGGGGGGGGGGUGGGGGGGGGGGGGGGGGGGGGGGGGGGGGGGGGGGGGGGGGGGGGGGGGGGGUGGGGGGGGGGGGGGGGGGGGGGGGGGGGGGGGGUGGGGGGGGGGGGGGGGGGGGGGGGGGGGGGGGGGGGGGGGGGGGGGGGGGGGGGGGGGGGGGGGGGGGGGGGGGGGGGGGGGGUGGGGGGGGGGGGGGGGGGGGGGGGGGGGGGGGGGGGGGGGGGGGGGGGGGGGGGGGGGGGGUGGGGGGGGGGGGGGGGGGGGGGGGGGGGGGGGGGGGGGGUGGGGGGGGGGGGGGGGGGGGGGGGGGGGGGGGGGGGGGGUGGGGGGGGGGGGGGGGGGGGGGGGGGGGGGGGGGGGGGGGGGGGGGGUGGGGGGGGGGGGGGGGGGGGGGGGGGGGGGGGGGGGGGGGGGGGGGGGGGGGGGGGGGGGGGGGGGGGGGGGGGGGUGGGGGGGGGGGGGGGGGGGGGGGGGGGGGGGGGGGGGGGGGUGGGGGGGGGGGGGGGGGGGGGGGGGGGGUGGGGGGGGGGGGGGGGGGGGGGGGGGGGGGGGGGGGGGGGGGGGGGGGGGGGGGGGGGGGGGGGGGGGGGGGGGGGGGGGGGGGGGGGGGGGGGGGGGGGGGGGGGGGGGGGGGGGGGGGGGGGGGGGGGGGGGGGGGGGGGGGGGGGGGGGGGGGGGGGGGGGGGUGGGGGGGGGGGGGGGGGGGGGGGGGGGGGGGGGGGGGUGGGGGGGGGGGGGGGGGGGGGGGGGGGGGGGGGGGGGGGGGGGGGGGGGGGGGGGGGGGGGGGGUGGGGGGGGGGGGGGGGGGGGGGGGGGGGGGGGGGGGGGGGGGGGGGGGGGGGGGGGGGGGGGGGGGGGGGGGGGGGGGGGGGGGGGGGGGGGGGGGGGGGGGGGGGGGGGGGGGGGGGGGGGUGGGGGGGGGGGGGGGGGGGGGGGGGGGGGGGGGGGGGGGGGGGGGGGGGGGGGGGGGGGGGGGGGGGGGGGGGGGGGGGGGGGGGGGGGGGGGGGGGGGGGGGGGGGGGGGGGGUGGGGGGGGGGGGGGGGGGGGGGGGGGGGGGGGGGGGGGGGGGGGGGUGGGGGGGGGGGGGGGGGGGGGGGGGGGGGGGGGGGGGGGGGGGGGGGGGGGGGGGGGUGGGGGGGGGGGGGGGGGGGGGGGGGGGGGGGGGGGGGGGGGGGGGGGGGGGGGGGGGGGGGGGGGGGGGGGGGGGGGGGGGGGGGGUGGGGGGGGGGGGGGGGGGGGGGGGGGGGGGGGUGGGGGGGGGGGGGGGGGGGGGGGGGGGGGGGGGGGGGGGGGGGGGGGGUGGGGGGGGGGGGGGGGGGGGGGGGGGGGGGGGGGGGGGGGGGGGGGGGUGGGGGGGGGGGGGGGGGGGGGGGGGGGGGGGGGGGGGGGGGGGGGGGGGGGGGGGGGGUGGGGGGGGGGGGGGGGGGGGGGGGGGGGGGGGGGGGGGGGGGGGGGGGGGGGGUGGGGGGGGGGGGGGGGGGGGGGGGGGGGGGGGGGGGGGGGGGGGGGGGGGGGGGGGGGGGGGGGGGGGGGGGGGGGGGGGGGGGGGGGUGGGGGGGGGGGGGGGGGGGGGGGGGGGGGGGGGGGGGGGGGGGGGGGGGGGGGGGGGGGGGGGGGGGGGGGGGGGGGGGGGGGGGGGGGGGGGGGGGGGGGGGGGGGGGGGGGGGGGGGGGGGGGGGGGGGGGGGGGGGGGGGGGGGGGGGGGGGGGGGGGGGGGGGUGGGGGGGGGGGGGGGGGGGGGGGGGGGGGGUGGGGGGGGGGGGGGGGGGGGGGGGGGGGGGGGGGGGGGGGGGGGGGGGGGGGGGGGGGGGGGGGGGGGUGGGGGGGGGGGGGGGGGGGGGGGGUGGGGGGGGGGGGGGGGGGGGGGGGGGGGGGGGGGGGGGUGGGGGGGGGGGGGGGGGGGGGGGGGGGGGGGGGGGGUGGGGGGGGGGGGGGGGGGGGGGGGGGGGGGGGGGGGGGGGGGGUGGGGGGGGGGGGGGGGGGGGGGGGGGGGGGGGGGGGGGGGGGGGGGGGGGGGGGUGGGGGGGGGGGGGGGGGGGGGGGGGGGGGGGGGGGGGGGGGGGGGGGGGGGGGGGGGGGGGGGGGGGGGGGGGGGGGGGGGGGGGGGGGGGGGGGGGGGGGGGGGGUGGGGGGGGGGGGGGGGGGGGGGGGGGGGGGGGGGGGGGGGGGGGGGGGGGGGGGGGGGGGGGGGUGGGGGGGGGGGGGGGGGGGGGGGGGGGGGGGGGGGGGGGGGGGGGGGGGGGGGGGGGGGGGGGUGGGGGGGGGGGGGGGGGGGGGGGGGGGGGGGGGGGGGGGGGGGGGGGGGGGGGGGGGGGGGGGGGGGGGGGGGGGGGUGGGGGGGGGGGGGGGGGGGGGGGGUGGGGGGGGGGGGGGGGGGGGGGGGGGGGGGGGGGGGGGGGGGGGGGGGGGGGGGGGGGGGGGGGGGGGGGGGGGGGGGGGGGGUGGGGGGGGGGGGGGGGGGGGGGGGGGGGGGGGGGGGGGGGGGGGGGGGGGGGGGGGGGGGGGGGGGGGGGGGGGGGGGGGGGGGGGGGGGGGGGGGGGGGGGGGGGGGGGGGGGGGGGGGGGGGGGGGGGGGGGGGGGGGGGUGGGGGGGGGGGGGGGGGGGGGUGGGGGGGGGGGGGGGGGGGGGGGGGGGGGGGGGGGGGGGGGGGGGGGGGGGGGGGGGGGGGGGGGGGGGGGGGGGGGGGGGGGGGGGGGGGGGGGGGGGGGGGGGGGGGGGGGGGGGGGGGGGUGGGGGGGGGGGGGGGGGGGGGGGGGGGGGGGGGGGGGGGGGGGGGGGGGGGGGGGGGGGGGGGUGGGGGGGGGGGGGGGGGGGGGGGGGGGGGGGGGGGGGGGGGGGGGGGGGGGGGGGGGGGGGGGGGGGGGGGGGGGGGGGGGGGGGGGGGGGGGGGGGGGGGGGGGGGGGGGGGGGGGGGGGGGGGGGGGGGGGGGGGGGGGGGGGGGGGGGGGGGGGGGGGGGGGUGGGGGGGGGGGGGGGGGGGGGGGGGGGGGGGGGGGGGGGGGGGGGGGGGGGGGGGGGGGGGGGGGGGGGGGGGGGGGGGGGGGGGGGUGGGGGGGGGGGGGGGGGGGGGGGGGGGGGGGGGGGGGGGGGGGGGGGGGGGGGGGGGGGGGGGGGGGGGGGGGGGGGGGGGGGGGGGGGGGGUGGGGGGGGGGGGGGGGGGGGGGGGGGUGGGGGGGGGGGGGGGGGGGGGGGGGGGGGGGGGGGGGGGGGGGGGGGGGGGGGGGGGGGGGGGGGGGGGGGGGGGGGGGGGGGGGGGGGGGGGGGGGGGGGGGGGGGGGGGGGUGGGGGGGGGGGGGGGGGGGGGGGGGGGGGGGGGGGGGGGGGGGGGGGGGGGGGGGGGGGGGGGGGGGGGGGGGGGGGGGGGGGGGGGGGGGGGGGGGGGGGGGGGGGGGGGGGGGGGGGGGGGGGGGGGGGGGGGGGGGGGGGGGGGGGUGGGGGGGGGGGGGGGGGGGGGGGGGGGGGGGGGGGGGGGGGGGGGGGGGGGGGGGGGGGGGGGGGGGGGGGGGGGGGGGGGGGGGGGGGGGGGGGGGGGGGGGUGGGGGGGGGGGGGGGGGGGGGGGGGGGGGGGGGGUGGGGGGGGGGGGGGGGGGGGGGGGGGGGGGGGGGGGGGGGGGGGGGGGGGGGGGGGGGGGGGGGGGGGGGGGGGGGGGGGGGGGGGGGGGGGGGUGGGGGGGGGGGGGGGGGGGGGGGGGGGGGGGGGGGGGGGGGGGGGGGGGGGGGGGGGGGGGGGGGGGGGGGGGGGGGGGGGGGUGGGGGGGGGGGGGGGGGGGGGGGGGGGGGGGGGGGGGGGGGGGGGGGGGGGGGGGGGGGGGGGGGGGGGGGGGGGGGGGGGGGGGGGGGGGGGGGGGGGGGGGGGGGGGGGGGGGGGGGGGGGGGGGGGGGGGGGGGGGGUGGGGGGGGGGGGGGGGGGGGGGGGGGGGGGGGGGGGGGGGGGGGGGGGGGGGGGGGGGGGGGGGGGGGGGGGGGGGGGGGGGGGGGGGGGGGGGGGGGGGGGGGGGGGGGGGGGGGGGGGGGGGGGGGGGGGGGGGGGGGGGGGGGGGGGGGGGGGGGGGGGGGGGGGGGGGGGGGGGGGGGGGGGGGGGGGGGGGGGGGGGGGGGGGGGGGGGGGGGGGGGGGGGGGGGGGGGGGGGGGGGGGGGGGGGGGGGGGGGGGGGGGGGGGGGGGGGGGGGGGGGUGGGGGGGGGGGGGGGGGGGGGGGGGGGGGGGGGGGGGGGGGGGGGGGGGGGGGGGGGGGGGGGGGGGGGGGGGGGGGGGGGGGGGGUGGGGGGGGGGGGGGGGGGGGGGGGGGGGGGGGUGGGGGGGGGGGGGGGGGGGGGGGGGGGGGGGGGGGGGGGGGGGGGGGGGGGGGGGGGGGGGGGGGGGGGGGGGGGGGGGGGGGGGGGGGGGGGUGGGGGGGGGGGGGGGGGGGGGGGGGGGGGGGGGGGGGGGGGGUGGGGGGGGGGGGGGGGGGGGGGGGGGGGGGGGGGGGGGGGGGGGGGGGGGGGGGGGGGGGGGGGGGGGGGGGGGGGGGGGGGGGGGGGGGGGGGGGGGUGGGGGGGGGGGGGGGGGGGGGGGGGGGGGGGGGGGGGGGGGGGGGGGGGGGGGGGUGGGGGGGGGGGGGGGGGGGGGGGGGGGGGGGGGGGGGGGGGGGGGGGGGGGGGGGGGGGGGGGGGGGGGGGGGGGGGGGGGGGGGGGGGGGGGGGGGGGGGGGGGGGGGGGGGGGGGGGGGGGGGGGGGGGGGUGGGGGGGGGGGGGGGGGGGGGGGGGGGGGGGGGGGGGGGGGGGGGGGGGGGGGGGGGGGGGGGGGGGGGGGGGGGGGGGGGGGGGGGGGGGGGGGGGGGGGGGGGGGGGGGGGGGGGGUGGGGGGGGGGGGGGGGGGGGGGGGGGGGGGGGGGGGGGGGGGGGGGGGGGGGGGGGGGGGGGGGGGGGGGGGGGGGGGGGGGGGGGGGGGGGGGGGGGGGGGGGGGGGGGGGGGGGGGGGGGGGGGGGGUGGGGGGGGGGGGGGGGGGGGGGGGGGGGGGUGGGGGGGGGGGGGGGGGGGGGGGGGGGGGGGGGGGGGGGGGGGUGGGGGGGGGGGGGGGGGGGGGGGGGGGGGGGGGGGGGGGGGGGGGGGGGGGGGGGGGGGGGGGGGGGGGGGGGGGGGGGGGGGGGGGGGGGGGGGGGGGGGGGGGGGGGGGGGGGGGGGGGGGGGGGGGGGGGGGGGGGGGGGGGGGGGGGGGGGGGGGGGGGGGGGGGGGGUGGGGGGGGGGGGGGGGGGGGGGGGGGGGGGGGGGGGGGGGGGGGGGGGGGGGGGGGGGGGGGGGGGGGGGGGGGGGGGGGGGGGGGGGGGGGGGGUGGGGGGGGGGGGGGGGGGGGGGGGGGGGGGGGGGGGGGGGGGGGGGGGGGGGGGGGGGGGGGGGGGGGGGGUGGGGGGGGGGGGGGGGGGGGGGGGGGGGGGGGGGGGGGGGGGGGGGGGGGGGGGGGGGGGGGGGGGGGGGGGGGGGGGGGGGGGGGGGGGGGGGGGGGGGGGGGGGGGGGGGGGGGGGGGGGGGGGGGGGGGGGGGGGGGGGGGGGGGGGGGGGGGGGGGGGGGGGGGGGGGGGGGGGGGGGGGGGGGGGGGGGGGGGGGGGGGGGGGGGGGGGUGGGGGGGGGGGGGGGGGGGGGGGGGGGGGGGGGGGGGGGGGGGGGGGGGGGGGGGGUGGGGGGGGGGGGGGGGGGGGGGGGGGGGGGGGGGGGGGGGGGGGGGGGGGGGGGGGGGGGGGGGGGGGGGGGGGGGGGGGGGGGGGGGGGGGGGGGGGGGGGGGGGGGGGGGGGGGGGGGGGGGGGGGGGGGGGUGGGGGGGGGGGGGGGGGGGGGGGGGGGGGGGGGGGGGGGGGGGGGGGGGGGGGGGGGGGGGGGGGGGGGGGGGGGGGGGGGGGGGGGGGGGGUGGGGGGGGGGGGGGGGGGGGGGGGGGGGGGGGGGGGGGGGGGGGGGGGGGGGGGGGGGGGGGGGGGGGGGGGGGGGGGGGGGGGGGGGGGGGGGGGGGGGGGGGGGGGGGGGGGGGGGGGGGGGGGGGGGGGGGGGGGGGGGGGGGGGGGGGGGGGGGGGGGGGGGGGGGGGGGGGGGGGGGGGGGGGGGGGGUGGGGGGGGGGGGGGGGGGGGGGGGGGGGGGGGGGGGGGGGGGGGGGGGGGGGGGGGGGGGGGGGGGGGGGGGGGGGGGGGGGGGGGGGGGGGGGGGGGGGGGGGUGGGGGGGGGGGGGGGGGGGGGGGGGGUGGGGGGGGGGGGGGGGGGGGGGGGGGGGGGGGGGGGGGGGGGGGGGGGGGGGGGGGGGGGGGGGGGGGGGGGGGGGGGGGGGGGGGGGGUGGGGGGGGGGGGGGGGGGGGGGGGGGGGGGGGGGGGGGGGGGGGGGGGGGGGGGGGGGGGGGGGGGGGGGGGGGGGGGGGGGGGGGGGGGGGGGGGGGGGGGGGGGGGGGGGGGGGGGGGGGGGGGGGGGGGGGGGGGGGGGGGGGGGGGGGGGGGGGGGGGGGGGGGGGGGGGGGGGGGGGGGGGGGGGGGGGGGGGGGGGGGGGGGGGGGGGGGGGGGGGGGGGGGGGGGGGGGGGGGGGGGGGGGGGGGGGGGGGGGGGGGGGGGGGGGGGGGGGGGGUGGGGGGGGGGGGGGGGGGGGGGGGGGGGGGGGGGGGGGGGGGGGGGGGGGGGGGGGGGGGGGGGGGGGGGGGGGGGGGGGGGGGGGGGGGGGGGGGGUGGGGGGGGGGGGGGGGGGGGGGGGGGGGGGGGGGGGGGGGGGGGGGGGGGGGGGGGGGGGGGGGGGGGGGGGGGGGGUGGGGGGGGGGGGGGGGGGGGGGGGGGGGGGGGGGGGGGGGGGGGGGGGGGGGGGGGGGGGGGGGGGGGGGGGGGGGGGGGGGGGGGGGGGGGGGGGGGGGGGGGGGGGGGGGGGGGGGGGGGGGGGGGGGGGGGGGGGGGGGGGGGGGGGGGGGGGGGGGGGGGGGGGGGGGGGGGGGGGGGGGGGGGGGGGGGGGGGGGGGGGGGGGGGGGGGGGGGUGGGGGGGGGGGGGGGGGGGGGGGGGGGGGGGGGGGGGGGGGGGGGGGGGGGGGGGGGGGGGGGGGGGGGGGGGGGGGGGGGGGGGUGGGGGGGGGGGGGGGGGGGGGGGGGGGGGGGGGGGGGGGGUGGGGGGGGGGGGGGGGGGGGGGGGGGGGGGGGGGGGGGGGGGGGGGGGGGGGGGGGGGGGGGGGGGGGGGGGGGGGGGGGGGGGGGGGGGGGGGGGUGGGGGGGGGGGGGGGGGGGGGGGGGGGGGGGGGGUGGGGGGGGGGGGGGGGGGGGGGGGGGGGGGGGGGGGGGGGGGGGGGGGGGGGGGGGGGGGGGGGGGGGGGGGGGGGGGGGGGGGGGGGGGGGGGGGGGGGGGGGGGGGGGGGGGUGGGGGGGGGGGGGGGGGGGGGGGGGGGGGGGGGGGGGGGGGGGGGGGUGGGGGGGGGGGGGGGGGGGGGGGGGGGGGGGGGGGGGGGGGGGGGGGGGGGGGGGGGGGGGGGUGGGGGGGGGGGGGGGGGGGGGGGGGGGGGGGGGGGUGGGGGGGGGGGGGGGGGGGGGGGGGGGGGGGGGGGGGGGGGGGGGGGGGGGGGGGGGGGGGGGGGGGGGGGGGGGUGGGGGGGGGGGGGGGGGGGGGGGGGGGGGGGGGGGGUGGGGGGGGGGGGGGGGGGGGGGGGGGGGGGGGGGGGGGUGGGGGGGGGGGGGGGGGGGGGGGGGGGGGGGGGGGGGGGGGGGGGGGGGGGGGGGGGGGGGGUGGGGGGGGGGGGGGGGGGGGGGGGGGGGGGGGGGGUGGGGGGGGGGGGGGGGGGGGGGGGGGGGGGGGGGGGGGGGGGGGGGGGGGGGGGGGGGGGGGGGGGGGGGUGGGGGGGGGGGGGGGGGGGGGGGGGGGGGGGGGGGGGGGGGGGGGGGGGGGGGGGGGGGGGGGGGGGGGGGGGGGGGGGGGGGGGGGGGGGGGGUGGGGGGGGGGGGGGGGGGGGGGGGGGGGGGGGGGGGGUGGGGGGGGGGGGGGGGGGGGGGGGGGGGGGGGGGGGGGGGGUGGGGGGGGGGGGGGGGGGGGGGGGGGGGGGGGGGGGGGGGGGGGGUGGGGGGGGGGGGGGGGGGGGGGGGGGGGGGGGGGGGGGGGGGGGGUGGGGGGGGGGGGGGGGGGGGGGGGGGGGGGGGGGGGGGGGGGGGGGGGGGGGGGGGGGGGGGGGGGGGGGGGGGGGGGGGGGGGGGGGGGGGGGGGGGGGGGGGGGGGGGGGGGGGGGGGGGGGGGGGGGGGGGGGGGGGGGGGGGGGGGGGGGGGGGGGGGGGGGGGUGGGGGGGGGGGGGGGGGGGGGGGGGGGGGGGGGGGGGGGGGGGGGGGGGGGGGGGGGGGGGGGGGGGGGGGGGGGGGGGGGGGGGGGGGGGGUGGGGGGGGGGGGGGGGGGGGGGGGGGGGGGGGGGGGGGGGGGGGGGGGGGGGGGGGGGGGGGGGGGGGGGGGGGGGGGGGGGGUGGGGGGGGGGGGGGGGGGGGGGGGGGGGGGGGGGGGGGGGGGGGGGGGGGGGGGGGGGGGGGGGGGGGGGGGGGGGGGGGGGGGGGGGGGGGGGGGGGGGGGGGGGGGGGGGGGGGGGGGGGGGGGGGGGGGGGGGGGGGGGGGGGGGGGGGGGGGGGGGGGGGGGGGGGGGGGGGGGGGGGGGGGGGGGGGGGGGGGGGGUGGGGGGGGGGGGGGGGGGGGGGGGGGGGGGGGGGGGGGGGGGGGGUGGGGGGGGGGGGGGGGGGGGGGGGGGGGGGGGGGUGGGGGGGGGGGGGGGGGGGGGGGGGGGGGGGGGGGGGUGGGGGGGGGGGGGGGGGGGGGGGGGGGGGGGGGGGGGGGGGGGGGGGGGGGGGGGGGGGGGGGGGGGGGGGGGGGGGGGGGGGUGGGGGGGGUGGGGGGGGAAGGGGGGGUGA